UACGAUUGCAAUGCCUAAUGGGUUGACGGCAGACAAUGCCAGUUAUCUGACUUUCAAAAUUCGACUUCAUCCACAAGGGAAUAAAGAAUCUAAUAAGGAUUUUUGCUUCUUUCAAGUUUUCUCGUGCACUAGCGCCAAGUUCAAGGCUAAAUUCUCUGUGUUCAACACAAGGAGUGAGGAAGUGCCUGCAACUGUUUAUACGGGAACUCAGCAGUUGAAUGGAUAUUUUGAAUACAUUCGUCGUGACGUUUUAAUCGGCCAUAUACAGCCAAGUGAUGAGAUUCAACUUCUUUUGAACCUGACUAUUGUUUCUGAUACAAUCACUAAGAACAGCCAAAAUGUUAUAAGUCCUGUGGUUCCUGAGCCUCGCCCUUCUGAGUUGGCUAAAGAUUUGGAACAAAUGUUUGGCGAUACUAGACAUUCGGACUUUACUAUUAUUUGUGAUGGCGAUAAAGAACAUCGUGAAUUGCCUGCUCAUAAAGUUGUUUUGGGAGCUCGUUCACCAGUUUUCGCUGCUAUGUUUGAACCUCAUACAGAAGAGGCUCAAAAAUCGGAGGUUCACUAUAACGACAUAGAUUUUGAGGUUAUGCGGGAGAUGCUCUUCUAUAUGUACAGCGGGACUGCACCAUCGCUUCAACAGAUGGCCUUGGACUUGCUAGCUGUUGCUGAUCGCUUUCAGUUGAUUGGACUUAAAGAAAUGGCAGAUCAAGUUCUGCGUAAUGGACUUUGUGUUGAUAAUGUCUGCAGGAAUCUUGUAUUGGCGGAUAUGCACAACGCUUUGGAGCUUAAACAAGAUGCUUUGCGUUUUAUUGCGCAAUAUUCUAAUGGUGUUAUUGUUACUGAUGGUUGGGCUACUAUGGUCAAAGAGCAUCCUAGACUUGUUACCGAAGUUGUUGCUGCUAUGUCACUUGAACAGUCUCGUCUAUCCAAUAAUAGUUCUGUAUCUAUGGGUGGUUCUGUCAAUUGUGGUAAUGCUAAUAAUUCUUCAAUUCUUGGACCAGAGCCUUUGGCUAAACGUUCUCGAUAUGAUGCAUGA